AUGAACAUCCAGCCUUCGAUGCCCGAGUGCUGGGGACACCGCGGUGCCUCGGCGACCUUCCCCGAGAACACCAUCGCAAGUUUUGAAAAGGCCAUCGAGGACGGCUCCGAAGGUCUCGAAAGCGACGUCCACAUCACCACCGACAACGUCAUUGUCAUGUUCCAUGACCCGACGCUCGAGCGCACCACCGACGGCAAGGGUCUCAUCUACGAGCACGCCUACUACGGCGAGGGCGGCGUCGAGCACGUGCGGACGCUCAAGGAGCCCCGCCAGCAGAUUCCGACGUUCAAGCAGGUCUGCGACCUCUUGAUGCGUCCCGACGGCAAGCACGUCAAGCUCAAUCUUGAUAUCAAGCCCGACAACGACCCGGACCGCCUCUUUCCGCUGAUGCGCGAGAUCAUCGAGUCGUACCCGGACUUUGAGACGGACCUGGCGCCGCGCCUCAUCCUCGGGCUGUGGCACCCCAAGUUCCUCCGCUCGGCGCUGGUCAACGUGCCCUCGAUGAAGCGGAUCCACAUCGGCGCGUCGCCCGCCGCGGCGCGCGAGUACUUCUGGAACGACUGCUCGGGCUUCAGCAUGUACUUUGCCUGCCUCGUCGGCGCCGAGGGCCAGGCGUUUGUCGCCGAGGCGCAAAAGGCGGGCAAGGACAUCUACGUCUGGACCGUCAACCGCAAGGACGAGAUGAUCGAGGCGACGCGGUGGGGCGUCAAGGCGGUCCUUACCGACAAGACGGCCCUGUUCCAGGACCUGCGGAAAAACAUGACCGACGACUUUGCCACGACGCGGCAGGAAGAGGUCGGCAUCUUCUUCCGCUGGGCGACGUGGCGCUACUGGACGCUGCCGCAGUUUGUCAUCCAGACGCUGUGGAAGGCCAACAUCGAGAAGCGCGCCGGGUGCUCCUUCAACCUCAAGGACGACGUCGCCGCCGCCCUCAUCCAGCCCUCGUCGGCGGCGGCCUCGAGCGAUCUGGAAAAGGGCCAGGCGCACGAGGAUGCCGUCGUUGGCGGCUCCCACGCGGCUGCGGCCUACCCCAAUGAGAAGCUGGGCGGCACGCUCGCGGCGUCGGCGCCCGUCGCUGCAUCGGCAUAG